AUGAGUCAGGCAUUCGACAACGACAACAACCUCGACGUGCCCAUCUUCCAGGACGAUGUGCUUCGCGAUAGACAGCGAGUCUUCUCCGAAUUCCUGUCAAAGGACGAAUACCAAGAUGCAGUUCGUCGCAUGUUGAGGAUGGACGCUCGUCGACUCAUCAUCAACAUUGACGAUCUGCGUUCCUACAAUCGCGAGUUUGCAACAGGUCUCCUCAAUGAGCCCAACGAGUACCUCCCUGCCUUCGAUGCUGCUCUCCACAUGUCGGUCGAGGUGGCACACAACCCACUCAAAGAAGACAUCAAGGGAAAGCAGUACUAUAUCGGCCUCCGUGGAAGCUUUGGUGACCACCACGUCAACCCACGCACCCUCCGCAGUGUCCACCUCGGCAAGAUGAUGAGUCUCGAAGGCAUCGUCACCCGCUGCUCUCUCGUACGACCCAAGAUCCUCAAGUCGGUUCAUUACUGCGAACAGACGACCAAGUUCCAUCAGCGAGAAUACCGCGACGCCACCAUGUACGGAACAUUGCCACCUUCAUCCACCGUCUACCCUACCGAGGAUGAAAACGGUAACAGGCUCACAACCGAAUACGGUCACAGUCUCUUCCGCGAUCACCAGAUGAUCUCGAUCCAAGAGAUGCCCGAACGUGCUCCUCCUGGUCAGCUUCCGAGAAGUAUUGAUGUGGUCAUGGACGACGACAUGGUCGACCGUUGCAAGCCCGGUGACCGUAUCCAGCUCGUAGGCAUGUAUAGGUCGCUCGGCAACCGGGUGGGCCAGAGUUCCUCUUCCACCUUCCGUACACUCAUGAUCGGCAACAAUCUCAACCUCCUCUCCUCAAAGGCCGGUGGCGGAAUUGCACAGGCGCACAUCACAGACACAGACAUCCGCAACAUCAACAAGAUCGCAAAGCGCAAAAACGUCUUUGAUCUGCUCUCGCAAUCCUUGGCGCCCUCCAUCUACGGCCACGAGUACAUCAAAAAGGCGGUACUUUUGCUCUUGCUCGGAGGUGAAGAGAAGAACCUGCCCAAUGGCACCCAUAUUCGUGGAGACAUCAACAUCCUCAUGGUGGGUGACCCGUCGACAGCCAAGUCGCAGAUGCUCCGAUUUGUUCUCAACACGGCUCCUCUGGCCAUUGCCACCACUGGUCGUGGUUCCAGUGGUGUCGGUCUUACCGCCGCCGUUACGACCGACAAGGAGACCGGUGAGCGUCGCCUCGAAGCCGGUGCCAUGGUGCUGGCGGACCGCGGAGUGAUCUGCAUCGACGAGUUUGACAAGAUGAGCGACGUCGACCGAGUCGCCAUCCACGAAGUCAUGGAGCAGCAGACUGUCACCAUCGCCAAGGCUGGUAUCCAUACCAGUCUCAACGCCCGCUGCUCGGUUGUAGCCGCCGCUAACCCGAUCUACGGCCAAUACGAUGUGCACAAGGACCCACACAAGAACAUCGCACUUCCCGACUCGUUGCUGUCCCGUUUCGAUUUGCUCUUUGUCGUGACGGACGACGUGGACGAGAAACGCGACCGUAUGAUCUCGGAGCACGUCUUGCGUAUGCACCGCUACCUGCAGCCUGGUCUAGAGGAGGGGACCCCCGCCGUGGACAACCUCGAUCAGGCGCUCGAUGUGGGUGCACCCGAAGGCACUGAUGCCGAUGGUGCAGCCAUGCUCGGCGACACUUCGCCCUUCGAAAAAUACAACCCUCUGCUGCACUCGGGUGUCACCAGCGCCAGCCGAGGUAGCGACAAGAAGGAAGUGCUGUCGAUCGCAUUCAUCAAGAAGUACAUUCAAUACGCCAAAUCCCGUAUCCACCCGGUCUUGACCAAGGGUGCGGCCGAAUGGAUUGUCAACGUCUACUCGAACCUGCGCAACGACGAGCUGUCGGGCAACCAGAAGCGCACAUCGCCGCUGACCGCACGUACGCUCGAGACGUUGAUCCGUCUGUCGACCGCCCACGCCAAGAGCCGUCUGAGCAGCAAGGUCGAGGAGCGGGAUGCCGAAGCCGCCGAGGAGAUUCUUCGCUUCGCCCUGUUCAAGGAGGUUUUCGGUGGCCGACGCGGCAUCAACAAGCGACGCCGAACGGGCAACAGCCCCAUGAGCGACGACGAGCAGGACGACGAAGAUGACGAGGAUGACAGCGGAGACGAGGCGACUCGUUCGGAAGCCAACCAAGCCCAUCGUAGCGGACGCUCCAACCGAGGUGGUCGUGGUGGACGCCCUGGUGGACAGCGUUACGGCGAAGACGGCCACAGCAGCGACGAGGAUGAUGACGACGGUCAGAGCGGAUUGGUGUCGUCGCAACGCUCGACGCGAUCCAACGGUGCCUACGCUACUCGUGCGGCUGCAUCGACGCGGCCCAAACCCAAACCAGCCAUGGUGGGGCCCGGAGGCAUGGACGAAGAGGUAUUCGACGACGAGGAUGCGCUCGAGGCGAUGCGCUCGCUCGACGUUGAGGUGGUGCUCCUUUCUCAGCCUAUCGCCGCGGCGAGCUCAUCGACAGGGGUAUCGGCACAAAGGACCGAGGCGUUCAAGGAAGCCUUGUCCGACUUGCUCUUCUCGUCCGAUGGCCGAUUGGCCGAGAUGGAUGCCAUCCCUCUCGACGAGCUGCUGCCUGUCAUGAACGAAGGCCGCCGCACGCAGGACCUGUUUGACAGCAACGAAGCACGCCAGGUACUCGAACAGAUGCACAGGGAGAAUAGCAUCAUGUUUAGCGAGGACAUGGUGUUCAAGCUUUGA